ACAUUACUUCCUGUAGAUGUCAACACUCCACGAGAUCUUGUCGCAAGGGUCCGCUUCAGCUUUCCCGUACUUUUCCGUUCACUUCGCACAAGGACGAUCUUCAUCACCGAUCUAUGCGACCCAGACCUUCAUGAGUUUGCAGCUCUGACUACCAACGAAGAAUCCGCCAUCGCCUUCGUUAGGAAAUGUCACCUCCUCCUUGAAGCCAGCCUUAUACGACCUCCCCAAUGCAAGUGUCCCGGCUGCCCAGCUCAACAGCUCAAUUUUGAAGAGCUUUGGAGUCAAGCAGGCCAUCUGUUCCGCCCAUCACCCCCAGACCAAUGGACAGGAUGAAAGGACACAUCAAACUGGGAAAUGCUCAAAUCAACACGACAAUUGGCGUCUAGCAGGAGUAAUAUUAGGCACGAACACCGCCAGACAAGCAAGCAAUGAAGUAAUACCUUACUACGCCAUGUACCUUCGAGACCCUCAUUCGCCCCUCGUUCUCAAUACUGGCGAUUGCGAGGAUGGGAAUGCAGGAGCCCAUGUUUGCCUCAGCUGAACUCCUGGAAACACUGGAGAAAAUCUCCUACAAAAGGACCCUCCACAUCAAUGUGGCACAGGAGAAACGAAGGACUCAAUUUGCUUCUCGGAAAUCUAAAGGAGUGAAAUCCUUCAGAUUCAGGGAAGGAGACGAAGUAUUAUUUCGCAACUUGAAGGAUGGUUGCAAGGAUGGACGAAUGGAGGAUGACUGGUCCAGUCCAUAUGUGAUGGUGGAAGUAAGAGCCGAGGGUCAGAUGCUAUGGCUCCAUCAACACCCUGUCCCGCAGAUGCUUCGGCUUCAAGUGCGUCACCUUAUCCAGCGGGAUGCUCCUGCCCUAUCUCCACCACCAUGUGCUGAGGAUUGCCCAGCUUCACCAUCAGAACCACAUCUACCACCUGGUCCAAUGGGGUAUGCCAGUAAUGUUUAA